UUUAUUUGUAUUGCGUGCUUCGGGUCCCCUUAUUCGCCGGCCACAUUAAACGAAAGCGCUCGACAAUCUCGAUGUGACACGCGGCAGGGUCGGUACGCCCGACGGCGCGGUGUGUACUCGCGCAUUCGAGUCGGCGGCGUCGCCGUUCACCAUGACCCGCUGCGUCGUCUGCUUUGCCGCGCUGCUGCUGGUCCAGUACCGGACCCUGCCGUCGAGCACCGCGGCGCCGGCGUCUCACUUCAUCCAUAGCGUCGCUGGUCCGUUUCGAAUCAUACUCGACCACUACGAACGCUGCCCGAUCAGCACGGGCCCUCCCGGCCCGCUGUUCAAGGACACCUUCCACCGCGGCUACCACGACCGGAGGAAUCCGGACCUUUGGCACUACUGGAUGAACUUCACGACCCUUUUGACUCUCGACGACUCGUAUGAUAUUGAUUUGAACUGGGCCUCGUGGAGUUCCCGCGGCGGAUGGAAGGAGAAUGCAUACGUGAUGAGGCCAGGUUCCUUCUGCAAAAGUAUCCAGCAAAGUGACCCGCAAUUCUGGCGAAAAUUGAUGACUGCUAUAUUUAACGACCCAAACAGAAACUGCCCAAUCCCUCCGGGAUAUUACGAAAUGAAUAAUAUUUCAGCCGACUUUUCUUUCAAAAAGAUUCCAGUGUUUUUCUACGGCACUUGGCGAAUGAGCCUCCGUCUGGUCAAGGAUACCACGAAGAACUCAGUGGCGUGCUUGUGGUUCUUCGCAAAAACUAUACCGAAAACGUAGCAAAACAUUAAACGAUGGUGCUCAGACUUCAACUUCCGACUUUUUAAUCACGUUUCACAAGACCCCACCCCAGCUCGCUCGAAACUACAUAGGCUGCAGCAGAAACACAAUGGACAAGGUCAUAGGCC